GGCGUUGGGUAUAAAACUAGCUGUUCCCACUUCAGCGACAGUCCUUCGCCCAACAAGCAGUCGACAUAUCCAAGAUGAACGCGCUGGCGCUGUUGCUUCUGGCCGGAGUGGCCUCGGCCCUCCCCGGCAGGCCCGAUGCGGAUCCCCAGUACGCCACUCCUCCCCCCAUUGAGGCGUCGUACGACGCUCCGGCUUCCGCUCGUUACGCGGGGUACGCCACACCCGCCCGCGAGUCGGAUACACGUCACAUCACUGGUCUGGACCGCCACCUGGACUACAGGAAUAUGAUCCAGGAUGCUCCUGGCUACAGGACUCAAUAUCAGGACUCAAGGACUGUGGUCCAGGAUGUUCCUGGCUACAGGACUCAAUAUCAGGACUCAACGACUGUGGUCCAGGAUGCUCCUGACUAUAAGACUGUGGUCCAGGAUGCUCCUGGCUACAGGACUCAAUAUCAGGACUCAAGGACUGUGGUCCAGGAUGUUCCUGACUACAGGACUGUGGUCCAGGAUGCUCCUCGCUACUCGACCGUGAUUGCGACCCAGAAUGCACUUUAG